AUGAGGAGGAAUGUCAGCCAUCACGCUCCAAGGGUUUCCGGUGACAGAUGGUGGAUUUUUCCCUUCUAUGCAAGCCUGCUUGUCUCGCUCAUGCUCUUUGUUGCCUGGCUUUUGAUGCCAUCCCCGUUUCUUUUGGGCGAUCAUGUGGUACCAACUGAUUUGGUGGCGCUCAGCGGAUUAGAUCAUCCUUUUCAGCCUGAAGUACCGGAAGAGCAAGAAAAACCAGAGCUCCCACCAGUGGAGUUCGAACCAGAGCCUCCUCGCAUUGCUUAUCUCAUCACAGGGACGAAGGGGGACAAUCUGAGGAUGCGGAGGACUUUACAGGCCGUGUACCAUCCAAGGAACCAGUAUGUUCUGCAUUUGGAUCUUGAGGCCCCCCCACGAGAGAGAAUAGACUUGUCGUCCUAUGUCAAGAGUGACCCAGUGUUCAGUGAAGUUGAGAACGUCCAUGUUAUCGCGAAGGGUAACUUGGUGACAUACAAGGGUCCUACAAUGAUAGCGUGCACUCUACAUGCCGUAGCAGUUCUACUCAAGGCGGGUGCCAAAUGGGAUUGGUUUAUAAAUCUCAGUGCUUCGGAUUAUCCUCUGGUGACACAAGACGGUCAGUGUUUCUCCUUCUCUGGCAUUGCUUUCAUUCCCACUGCAAAAACACUUGUGAUAAAUCUUCUGAGUUAGUCUACUGGUUCCACGACGAUUUCUCCAAGUUGAGUGGUUUCUUUUUACUGGAUGAAGUGGACAGCGUCGGAUUGUUAUUGAGAGCGUAAUUUUCUGUAGGCAGUUUUGACAACUUUUGAGUCUCACUGCCACCAAACUCGGUAGAAUUUUCUGUGCAGAGAUCUGUUUUCUAGUCUUCUAAGAUCCUGCACCAAAGUACUUUGGUAGGUUCUCUCAGAUUAUGAGAGCCGGCAUGGGUCCUAGAGGGGGGAUGUAUGAAUCAUGUGAUGUUUCUCAGAAAAAUAAACCCUCCAUGCGACCUGGUCUUUACCAACAGUCGUAUGUACCCAUUGAAGAUGAAAUCCAUCGUCAUUGGAAAAUCUCAAAGCCCACUCUCCCACCUUAAAACAUAUAGACAGUAAACCCUCUCUGUAAUUUGUUUCCCUCCCUGGUCACGUAGAACAUAACCAGUAAACCUGAUCAUUUUACCAGAUUGUUCCACUUUUGGGGCGCUGGAAGCAUGAUGCUAUAUUUUCUCAACUUCUUCACACUUGGAUGAUGCCAUUAAAUUUUCUUUUAUGUUGCCUCUACUUGGAAAUAAAUGCACCACCCAAUGGAUGAUGUCCGUGCAUUUGGGUGCAUAAUGAAUGAGGAUAUGAUUGGUGGGAGAAAGACCAUUAAAAUUACGGAAGGACCGAAUAUCAUCUGCAUUCUGUUGGUUUUCUCUUCUUUUUUUUCUUUUUUUCUUUUUUUUUUUUUGUGUUGCUGCAAUGAGGUUGCGACUUUCAUCGCUGUGCUCGGGGGUUCCAUUUCACUUGGAUGGAGAGCCCUCCAGGUGUUCUCUAAGAUCCGUCUCCUUGCCCAGUUGGAAACUUUAUGCGAAAAAACCCGCCCAUUAAAUUUUAUGCUAUGUUUCGCAGAAGAUUGUUAACUGAUCGGAGUGAGACAUUUUUGCAGAUCUUCUCCACGCGUUCUCCUCCCUGCCGAGGCAUCUCAACUUCAUCGAGGUAGCACGUCUCACUGGUUGGAAACUGUAAGUCAUCCUCAUCCAGCUGCUCUCCGUUUCUGCCCAAGUCAGCGCUCUCCCCAUCCCCCGAUCACCCCGCCCUGCUGGCUGAGCUCCCAAGAACCCAACCCACGCAGGAACCAGAGAGCGAGGCCGAUCGUGAUCGACCCGGGUCUCUACCUGUCCAAGAAGUUCGACCUCUUCGUGACUACCCAGCACCGGCCGCUCCCCACAGCCUUCAAAUUGUUCACGGGUACGCUCCAAAGUUGGAAUCUUUACACCCCCCGGUGUCGAUUGAAUGAAUGAAUAAUCGAAAAUUCUAUGUGGGCACAUAACUGUUCUUGUUGUUCUUGUUCUUGUUCUUGUUGUUGUUAGGGUCGGCGUGGGUGAUGCUGUCAAGGCCUUUUCUGGAGUACUGCAUCUGGGGGUGGGAGAACCUGCCACGGGCGGUGCUCAUGUACUACGCCAACUUCGUCUCCUCGCCGGAGGGCUACUUCCAGACGGUCAUCUGCAACGCCGAGGCCUUCCGUGGCUCCGCCAUCAGCCACGACCUGCACUACAUCGCCUGGGACAGCCCCCCGAAGCAGCACCCUCGCACCCUCUCCAUGGCCGACUACUCCAAGAUGCUCGCCAGCGGCGCCCCCUUCGCCCGCAAGUUCCGCCGUGACGACCCCGUUCUUGACAAGAUUGACCGGGAGAUCCUCCGGCGACCGCAGGGCUGCCUUGUGCCGGGGGCCUGGUGCGUUGGGCCUUUAGACAGUGGCGGCGGCGGCGGCGGCGCUGCAGCCGACCCCUGCCUGGUCCGUGGCGGCAAUGGCUCGGUGCUCCGGCCGGGCCCGGGGGCGGAGAGAUUGGAAGGGCUGACGCGCCGCCUGCUGGUACUGGCCUCCGGCGACUCUGGGAACCGAUCCUGCUCCUGA